AUCGAUUUACCACAAGAAAUAACUUGGAUUUUGCUGGUUUCAUAGGACAGUUUAUUUUAAUAUCUGGAUAUGCUACCAGCUUAAAAUAAACGAAUAUAAGUAGGCUCGCUACAAGCUGAGAAUCAAAUACACUCUGCUUUGUGCUAUGUAUCUCAGCGAAUAUUCACGGUAAGAGGACGGGCCGGCAACGGCGAGAAAACGAGAGAUGGCUUCGCACAAAGCAUAUCUCAAAGGUCCCAUCGCAUUAAGUAAAGCUUCAUUGCCGAGAAAGGUAAUCUUCUGGACAUUUCUGGUCGCGUGUCUUCCACCCUGCUCUAGCAAAAAUGAAGAUGAUGAUUAUGAAGAUUUGACACUUAAUAAAACAUGGGUACUGACUCCAAGGAUUUAUGAAAGUGAUGUUACUCUUAUUUUGAACAACUUAUUGGAAGGCUAUGACAAUAAACUCCGACCUGACAUUGGAGUGAAGCCAACAAUAAUUGAUACCGACAUGUAUAUAAAUAGCAUUGGUCCAGUGAAUGCUAUCAAAAUGGAAUAUACCAUUGAUAUAUUUUUUGCUCAAACAUGGUAUGACAGACGACUCAAAUUUAACAGCACAGUGAAGGUACUUGGACUAAACAGCAAUAUGGUUGGCAAAAUAUGGAUACCAGACACAUUUUUCAGAAAUUCAAAGAAGGCCGAUGCCCACUGGAUAACAACCCCAAAUCGAAUGCUUAGGAUAUGGAAUGAUGGAAGAAUAUUAUACACACUGAGGUUGACAAUUGAUGCUGAAUGCCAGCUUCAACUGCAUAACUUCCCAAUGGAUGAACACUCCUGUCCGCUGGAAUUCUCGAGCUACGGCUAUCCUAAAGAUGAGAUAAUAUACCAAUGGAAACAAAGUUCUGUUGAGGUUGGUGACACACGCUCCUGGCGACUGUAUCAAUUUGCAUUUAUCGGAUUAAGAAAUACCACAGAGUUUGUCAAGACUACUUCAGGAGAUUAUGUUGUAAUGUCAGUGUAUUUCGAUCUCAGCAGACGAAUGGGAUACUUUACCAUUCAGACCUACAUCCCUUGCACAUUGACUGUUGUUUUAUCCUGGGUAUCAUUUUGGAUCAAUAAGGAUGCCGUACCAGCAAGAACAUCAUUAGGUAUUACGACUGUCUUGACCAUGACUACACUAAGCACGAUUGCUCGCAAAUCCCUCCCUAAGGUUUCCUAUGUGACUGCUAUGGACCUGUUUGUGUCUGUUUGCUUUAUCUUUGUAUUUGCUGCUUUGAUUGAAUAUGGGACCUUGCACUAUUUUGUCAGUAACAGAAAGCCCGCUAAAGACAAAGACAAGAAGAAGAAGAAUCGACUUCUUCGGAUGUUUUCCUCGAAGGAGAUCGGAAAAUCUACAGCACCCAAGGUAGGAUCAAAUGCACCUACAGUUGAUAUUCGUCCUCGGUCAUCUGCUGUUCAGAUGAAUAAUUCUUCCCAUCCUCAAGAACGGGAUGAAGAAUAUGGAUAUGAGUGUCUGGAUGGCAAGGACUGCACCAGUUUCUUCUGCUGUUUUGAUGACUGCCGCACUGGAGCAUGGAGGCAAGGGAGGCUACACAUCCGUAUCACUAAAAUUGACUCGUAUGCCCGGAUCUUCUUUCCCACCGCCUUUGGUUUGUUUAACCUCGUCUACUGGGUAGGCUACCUUUACCUGUAAACUGGAGGAGCAGGCAGAAACAUAGGCCUUAUCUGCUGCUGACCCAUUAAGAUCAAAUGUAAAAAAAAAUUAACAGGAAAAGUUGUACACUUUUACGUAUGUCUUACACAAAUUGGUGAUUGACAAUUCAGUGCAUGUUUUUAUUUUUAUUUGCUAUGAACUACCUUUAUAAACAAUCUUUUUUUGCCUGAAGGACUGUUAUAAGUGAAAAGAGUGAGGCAAAUUGAGCUCAUUUACUUACCUGUUUUCUUGCUGAUUGUAGUUACUUGACUGUCUUCCUGGCACGUGCAGUGCCAGUAAAGCACUUUGGACAUAGUUUUGCACUGGAAUCAUAACAUGGACACCUAUAGCUAUGGAUCAUUGCUCAGGACCACGCUCUCCUGUUAAAGAGACAAGGAAGGAAAACAUAAGCCUAAGCAUACCAAUCUAUUUAUCAUUUCAAAGAUACGUUUUUCAAUGAUCAGUGCAACAGUUGUAAGUGAAGGAUAUUAAACAACUUUUUCUACAAAAAGGGAAUGGAGCGCAGCAAAGCCUCCAUCUGGCAUGGCAUUAAAGUUAAAUCUGAAAAGGAUGAAAAAAAAUCAAUAUUCCUAUUGGGUUCUCAAGCAAUCCUCAAGGUGAUCAUCCUUCCUUAGCAUUAACAUGACAUAAUAAUUAAAGUUUUAACAGUUGAUGGACCUGUUUUGUAUUCCCAUCUUCAUUUUUUAUUUCCUUGUUACAAACAUUAUGUCAUUGUCCCCAAGAGGCAACAUUAAUAAUUUCUACUUGUUGGAUCUAACCUUAACAAGAAGGAUUUCUCAUAAGUGGUGGUUGGUUGAUAAGAAGGCAGAUUGUCAUGAGUUUGAGUUAACCAUAUUUCACCUAAGCUUCAUUUUCUUUAGCUUCAACUUACCCUCUCCUACAUAGAAUGAACCAUUGCCUACACAUGGGGGACAGGCUGGUACCAUGUUCCCGGGCUACUACCUGGUUUGCUCUAGGACCAGCUACUAGGAAACAUAGAUGGGCAUGAAAUCAUUUGACCUACUCUAGUUAAAACAGAAAUUAUGGAACAUCUCAGCCAGUCAACCAGCAUUUGUGGAAAGAGACCCCUUUUCACCUUGGAAAUGUCCCUAGUCUUUAUGUAGUAUCCUUGUUCUUACUCUAUUCUUUACCUGAGAUUAAACUAUUUCAGUACAUGAGCAACACAUAUUGAGACUUAAUUGGUGUUAACAAAGGCUACAGGUAUCUGUCUCACCACAAGUGUUGUAUAUAUCACUACUGGUACCAUGGUACUAAUGAAAGAAACACAAAUGUUCUUCCUGUUUUGAAACUGCUUGAGAUCUGGGCUCAAGAUUUCUUUGCACACAUGAUACUUGCGCAUUGCACUGUAAUGAUAUUGAUGAUGAUCUUGACAGUUUCAUGUAAAGUUUUAUACGAUAUCUGUAAUUGAACAGCUGAAGCUGACUUAUAUGGUGAUACUAAUAAAGCUAA